AAUAAGAAAAAUAUGAUUUAGGAUGGUGGGUGAAGCUUCCAAACAGACCAAAGUACAAUCCGAGCAGACAAAACACCCAUUUCCAAGUCCAAACAAGAUUUUGCCCAACGCAUAUCAACAAUUGAAUCCCAUAUGGCGGUGUAAGCCCUAACUACUGGCUUUAAGAGGAGUUGUAUUCGGAUUGGGACGACGCUCCAUGCUCAGAAUUGCUGGACUGCAGUAACGCGGCACCACCGACUUCACCCUGCCAGCGGCGGCGCCCCAAGAGUAGAAUUAAAUGCGAUCAUCGGCGAGGCACGGUGCGCCGGAGAGUGCCCGCGGCAUCAGUGCCCACGUCCUCACCCUACAUCAACGCCUUUACCAUGCCCUCAACCUCGGUUGCAGAAGUACUGAAAGCAGAGGGAAAUGGCAAUGUUCAGAUAUUGAGAUACAAAGAUUGGUGCUUCGUUCGGUUGAUGCAUUUCUUGAUUGUAUCUCUACUGAGACAUUACAAUAUCCACUUGUCAAGGACUCAGUUGUUGAUAUGGUUAGAGCACUGGGAAGUAUACUAGAAUUCAAAAGCCAGUCAAUAUUGAGGUUGGCCUCCAGUGUCGUUGCAAAGCUGGUCAAUAUUUUGCCAAGUCCAAUGCUGCAAUCUCAUGUUUUGGAUCUAAUCUGUCCGUUGGCAGAUUUGUUAUCUUCCCAGCAAGUGCCAGUUGCAAUUUCAUGUGCCACUUCCAUGAAUGUCAUUCUAACAAAGAUAAGUUCUAGACAAGAGAGAGAAGUAUCGCAGAUUUUGGAUGAAACAAAAGUAGUUGGUUAUCUUGUCCAUAAUGUUAAGCAAUUCUGUGUUGACGAUAAACCAAUCGAGUACAUUGAAGAGAUGGCUUCUGUUUUGAGUAAAAUAUUAUGGCGAUGGCCAUCCUUUAGAUUCUGCGUCUGGAGCGAUCCUAAGUUUUUACACAUUUUAGAAUCUAUCAGACUCGUGCCUGGAAAUUCUGUGAAAGUUGCUUUCCUGCAGUUGUAUUCUUCUUUAGCCCUAUGUGGCUAUGGGGCAGAGAAGCUUCUAGAAAAUGGGGAAACGCUUCUGCAGAUGAUGGUAGGCUGCAUGGACAGUUCAAAUACUAAUUCAGUCCGCAUGGAGGCAUUUAAACUUGCUCGAUGUCUAAUGCUCAGCAGAAGGGGAUGUGUAAAAAUGAUGCGCAUAUGCUGUGAACCGCUUCUCAAAGCUGUAAUGAGCACGAUGAACAAUUGGCGAUCACUGUAUGAGAAACUUGACAAAAGUCAAAUGUCUGUCAUGGAGGAGGCAUGCCGUUUGGCUUCAAUCACUCGCUGGGCAGGUGAUCAUCACAGUUAUCUUUGGAAAUCUGGAGUGGACAGACUCUUUCUUGAUCUUCUUGUGGACAAUCAUACCAAGAUUCUAAAACUGCAGCGUGAGUUAUCUGUGAAUGAUCUGAUUACUGUUGUGCAAGAGAGUCAGAGUGCAAAUCUCUCACUUUCUUUUAGACCAUAUUUAUGGGAUAUCCUCGGAGGGCUUGCCGCAAACUGUGCAGAAAAUUCCGACUUUGAAAGGCAUGGGAAUGAACUUCAACUUAGUGUCCUAAUAAUAUGUGCAUGCUCUUCCUUCGUCAAGUCAGUUGGGGCAUUAUGCCAAGUUUCUCGAGAUGGUCCCACAAAUAUGGCUGAGUGUGAAUCAGCAACUAGGGCUGUUCUUAUGAUGGUUUAUUCUCCUUGCAAAUAUAUUUCAUCCUUGGCUAGGUCCAUUCUGUGUGAAAUACUCAAGUCCAAUGGCAGGGAUUAUGUUGAAUACUUACUAAAGAUUCUAAGCCGAAGAUUGGCUGGAAACAAGUUUGGGCUUCCGGGAAACCUUGAGAUUGUGGUGACCUUAAUGAGUUUGGCAUGUUACUGUAGUGUACCAAAAUAUCGAAAACUUAUAAUUAAAUUCCAAGGGAUGAAAACUCUAGUGGCCUUCAUAAUGUGGUGGCUAAACAAUCCUGUCCAUACAAAAAGAGCGAGUAUGGUGCCUCAUUUGCGUGAUUCCUUCACUGAGAGGAGUUGCUGUGUCCCAUGUACAGAAGAGUGGGAAGGGGAAGACAUGCUUUUGCUUUUUGGUUUGUGGAUCCUUGCCGAGUUGCUACAUCAUUCUGCUGGUAUGGGAGUUCAUCUGUCUGACAGCCUAGAAGACUUUUCUGAAGCUAGAUUAAUUCAGGAACUCCAGGAAAUAUGCAGAAACCAUAAGUCUCAUGGUUCAAGGUGGUAUGCUGCAUAUAUACUUAGCUAUUUUGGAAUAUUUGGCUUCCCAAGUAAAUUGGGGAAGAGAAUUGGGAAAUCCCUUGGUGAGAAAGAGCAUUCUGAUCUGAAGCUAGAUCUUGCAAAUGAGGAAUCUGUCUAUGUUCAUGAAGUAAUUCUUACUGUGAGAUGUCCAUCAUUACUGCCUCGCAGAGAAUCAGUUCCUAAAGAGAAAUCAUCUGUUGGGUCUAAUAUAAAACCGUAUAGGGAGAGACGCAGCGUAAAAGCAGUUCGUCUAUCAGCCCACGUGGAUCAGCAGUCAUUGUUGAAGUUGUUGGAAUAUGUUUACUUGGGAUAUUUACAAGCCAGCGAAGACCUUGUUAAAAAGCUGAAAAUUUUUGCGAGGCAUUGUAAAUUGGAGUCUCUGAUGCAAAUGCUUUGUAGAAGAAAUCCAAAAUGGGAUGUUCCCAUACCAACCUUUGAUCUUAGUCCUGCCCUUGGACCAGCUGAAUCUUCUAUUGGAAUCCAGCACGGCGGAAGUGGUGCAUUGGAAGUGCAGUAGUUGCUGUACUCAGGUCCCUCAUCUACAUGUUCACAAAAUUAUAUUGGAGUCAAGUUGCGAUUACUUGCGGGCCUUAUUUCAAUCGGGAAUGCAAGAAAGCCAUAUGCAAACCAUCAAGGUUCCAGUGAGUUGGGAGUCGCUGAAUAAACUCGUUGGUUGGUUCUAUUCUGAGCAAUUGCCUGUACCCACUUUUGACUGUAUAUGGGAUAAUAUGGAUCCAGAACAGAAAUUUCGAGAAGUCCAAUCAUACUUGGAACUUUGUUGGCUUGCUGAAUUUUGGCUCAUUGAGGACUUACAUGAAGAAUGUUAUAAAGUUGUCAUUUCUUGCCUAGAUUCUUCUAGAUACCUGUCUACCAAAACAAUCCAAAUUGCUGCUAAUUUCUCUCUGUGGAAGUUGGCUCAAGUAGCAGCUGAAUAUAUGGCACCUUCAUAUCAUCAUCUACGCUACUCUGGUGAGCUUGAUGCACUAGACAGCAAUCUUGUCGAGAUGGUUCGUGCUGCAUCUGUUCGACUUUCUCAAGAGGGCAGUCGACAGUUUGGUUAAUUGGUUUUUGUCGAGGUUCAGGAAUUAUAUAGAGCUGUAGACGGAGUCCUCCAUGUGUCAGCAAAUGAGCUAUGGCUAAAUUUCAGAACAGCAGAAAAGGGCUACUGUUAUCUAAUUAUUAGAAAUAUCUUAGUUCAGCACACUUCUCAUCAUCAAAAUCAUUUAUGGAUGUAAACAAAAUUGUAAGUAUACGCCACCCUAUGUUAAGCUAGUCCAUUGUAGGGGAAAGAAUUUUUUGUAGCCAUGACAGGAAACCUAUUCAAGUAAUUGGCAGGUUGUACUUGUUUCAAACUGGGUGUCUGCAUUCUCAUUGCGAUGAACUGCUUUAAUUUGUCAUAUCACCACAAUAGUGUUGUCUUUUGGG